GUUGUCACUGUCUUGGCCUUACCAUAAGGGAUUCUGGGUAGGUUUGCCCUUCCUUUCCGGCUGCCGAGCCAUCAGUGCCAGCCAGCAUGGGUGCCUACAAGUACAUGCAGGAGUUAUGGAGGAAGAAGCAGUCGGAUGUUAUGCGGUUCCUCCUGCGUGUCCGCUGCUGGCAGUUUCGCCAGCUCUCUUCUCUCCACCGUGCCCCGCGUCCUACCCGUCCAGACAAGGCUCGCAGACUGGGCUACAAGGCCAAGCAAGGAUAUGUUAUCUACCGUAUCAGGGUUCGUCGUGGUGGCCGCAAACGCCCAGUGCCCAAGGGUGCAACCUACGGCAAACCUGUGCACCAUGGUGUGAACCAGAUUAAGUUUGCUCGCAGCCUACAGUCUGUUGCUGAGGAACGUGCUGGUCGUCACUGUGGGGGACUAAGAGUUCUUGCCUCAUACUGGGUAGGAGAAGACUCCACCUACAAGUUUUUUGAGGUCAUCCUUGUUGACAUUUUCCACAAGGCAAUCAGGCGCAAUCCAGACACCCAAUGGAUCACAAAGGCUGUGCACAAGCACAGAGAGAUGCGUGGGCUGACAUCUGCUGGCAAGAAGAGUCGUGGCCUUGGAAAGGGUCACAAGUUCCACCUGACCAUUGGUGGAUCCCGUCGUGCUUGCUGGAGAAGACGCAACACCCUUCAACUUCACCGUUACCGCUAAGUGGGAUUGUACUUGUAAAUUUGACAAUAAAAUGGUCCUUUGGAUGCUG